UACUAUGAUUGUUCAUAGAGGGAAGCUUCCCGUUAACAGCGCAACCCUUUUUAUAUGAGUAAGGAAGGGAUGGAAAAAUGUCUUCCAGCGGCGCUCUCGGUAACUGCUUUGUGGACGCUAUGAUGGGGCAGGAGCCCGAGGAGAUGUACGGAGCUCGCUUCAUCCAGCCGCCGCACACCAUGACCCCGAGGCCGCCGCCAGGUGCCGGGGACAGCGCAGACUUCUCCUCCUGCAGCUUUUCACCAAAGUCCACCGUGUUCACCCCGUCCUGGUCCUCGAUGCACCCUCAGGGACUUUACCACCCCUAUGUCCACCAUCACCACCACCAGUCCCAUCUGCCCGCAUCCGACAGCAGAUACGUCGGCGUGCGCUCCUGGAUGGACCCCAUCUCCAACCACGUUUCCUUCGCCGGGUUCCACUCCUCCGGCAGCAGACCGUAUGGGACUAAGCCGGAGCUCCUCCUGCCCGGGAAGCCUACAGGCGGGGAUCCGCUGGAGGAAAGUGAAGCCGGGAGCGGAGCCGAGGCUCGACCCGUGACCGCGGAGUUCUCCUGUGGAGCUGCAGAGUGUCCGGAAAAGGCGAGCAGGGAGCAGAGUGGGAGCGAGGCUUCGAGUCAUGGCGAUCCCAAAGACGAAAAGCCACAACAACUUGACCCAAAUAACCCUGCUGCCAACUGGAUCCACGCCCGCUCCACGAGAAAGAAGCGCUGCCCCUACACUAAAUAUCAGACUUUAGAGCUGGAGAAGGAGUUUCUCUACAACAUGUAUCUGACAAGGGACCGGCGCUACGAGGUGGCUCGCAUACUCAGCUUAACGGAGAGACAAGUGAAGAUCUGGUUCCAGAACCGGAGGAUGAAGAUGAAGAAGAUGAACAGAGAGAGAAGCGGCAAGGAGAUCAUUUAAACUCUUUUUUUUUUUUUGAGGCAAAAAGAAAACCCAUCUGAACUCUCUCACAGUAAUUUUUUGCAGCCAUUUUUUUUUCAAAUGGGCCUUUGAUUGUCAGUGACAGCAUCAUCGGACACACAUGCAUCACAUAUGAGGAAUUUGUCCUGGUGAGAUCCAGCACCGGAUAACUUCAAGCCAUACAAACUGGUUUUCAUUUUUGUCAAGCCUCAUCAGCUGCACACUGGGAAGUUGAAACGUGCCAGUGUGUGUGUGUGUGUGAGUGUGUGUGUGUGCGAGUGUGUAUUUUUCGCCUUUUUUAAGAUAUGGAGUAAAAUAUUUCCCCUUGCAGCAAGACAUUUUGACUUCUCUGGUUCCGAGCACACACACACACACACAAAUGUGAUCCCUGCGACAAGGGUUAUAAACAAUGUUUACAGAAAAAAAAGGUGUGUGCGCGCGCGUGUGUGUACAGCUUCUUUAACUAAGAGGGUGCGAUAUAUUCCCAAAAGGCUUAUUCCAUAUUUAUAAUUUACAUCAAUAAAGAAAAAUUACAUGA